AUGAGACUGCGCAAAAAAUACGCAGCAUGCGAAGUCACCGACCCCAGCCUGGCCGAACUCCAGCGCUGCGGCAAAGAUGGCAUCUCGAAGCAAGAGUGCGAACACGAGCGAUACUGCUGCUACAAAGACGGUGCUUGUUUUUACCCGACGCAAGAAUACACUUCGAUCGGACACCUCCACAGUUGCCACACUUUUCGACUGACGCUGACCGCGCUCGAUGGCGAGGGCCACCGCCAAGUCACCAAGUCCACCUUUGGCAAGACCAGAUGCUCUCUUAGCAGCAUGCGUCCGGAUGACAAACCAUGUGACUUCCAAUGCCGAGAUGGACACUUUUGCGUCACUACAGACAACAUUUGCGAUGGCAUCGCAGAUUGCAUCGAUGGCUCCGACGAGUUAGAAGCCAUGUGCCAAGUUUCAGUCGCCAAAACAACCCCACUGCCGAUUUCUUCAAAUACCCAAAGUCCUCUUAAUGCUGCUCAACAAUCCACAAACGACCGAAGCUCAAAUGAAGGGCCAAACACUGAUGAAAGCUACACAACAUUCCUCAAAAACCUAGUUUCCGAAAUAUUUGCCAAAACAAAUUCCGCGCUAGAACCUUCUCCGCAAAAAAUGCAAAAAACAACCACAGAAGUCUCCAAAGAUAAAUCAACGCAUAAAACACGUGAAAUCAAAGAACUCAUCUGCGAUUUCGUCGCGAAAAAUUGCCAAAGAACGGACGUUCUAUUUUCUGCUCUUCGUCAGGAUUGUCCAAAAAGCUGCCCUAGCUCCUUAUUCUCCUGGAAAGCUGAGAACUCCCCGUCUUUGCUGAACGGAGUUUCAGAAGAACAACUCACUCGAUUGAGACGAUAUCUCGAAGAAAUUGUAAACGACUCGGAGGCGGAUUCUAGUGAUGCAAUGCCAGGCUGUCUUGACAAGGAUGAUUGUGCGCUUGUCAUUUUCCCGGCUGAACUGGACGUGAGCUCGGUGCAGUUCACCACGGAUGAGGGUUUAGCCUUUCUUGAGCCUGCCGCCGUGGCGCCAACUCAAGCACAGGGCACUAACAAUGCACAUGUUCCAUCAAUAGAUGUCAAUACUGGAAAUAUGCGACCGCGAGACCCCGAUACCAUUCUUGAAGUGCCCGAAAAUGACUCAGAACUCACGAGCUUUGAAAACGUAAGAAACGACGGGCAAGCAGUGGAAGUGCCAAUUUUGACACCUCAGAAGGCAGAAGUGAGGCAGGAGGGAGGAGUAAUGGCCUCUGAUGAUAAUAACCAGCUGGCCGCUUAUCAACAAGUCAGUACUUGGCAGGAACAACAACGCCAACUGGACGACAAUGGUCACCAAGUGUCCGACCAACAAGAUAAACAAAGUGCUAUGUAUACUCGAGAAAAUACGCGGUUGCUGACUGUGGUUGACCCAAAUCGCUCCUCAUCCGCGCCAGCGCUAUCCGGUAAUGACUUAUUCGCUGGAGCACCAAAUCCGGAGUUCCAUCAAGAAUCCAGCAAGAAGCGGCUAGUUUCAAUAGACAAUCUUCAAAAGAGAGGAUAUGAUAAGAGCGCGAGCGGAAUUGACGCACCAAAAGAGGAUGGAACUUCUGAGACUGAAGCCAGGAAUUCUCGAGUUUAUGGAGAGGUUGAUUUGGUGCUCAAAAUGGCGACGAAAAAUGAAAAACUGCAAAAUGAAAUUCUGGGGAGCUACUUGAUGUCCAACUCUAAACGACCAAGAAAUGCCGUUAGCAAGCAAGAAAGAUUCUCCGGCAUCUUUGGACAAGAAGAUGGAACCCAAGCAGGCGAUGAAAUUUCAACCACGUUUUUGUCUGGCUCAAUCAACACUGGAUCACAUGAUCAAACCAUCAUCCGUUCUCCGACAGUUAAGCCGAUAUCAUUGAAGGAGUGGCUCAUCCUCUCCGGCUUAAUUCAUGAGCUCGAUUACAUGGACACAAGUGAAGUUGAAAGUGCUGCACUUGAUCAUAAUCGUAAUCGCGAUGACGUAAUCUUGAAUGCGCUAGAAUUGGCGAAAGAUGAAAGUGAAGCUCUUCCACUUGUCAAAAAUCAACAAUCGGCAUCUGUAUCUGAAGAUCUACUUUCCAGUCUUGGGUUGAAGCAAUCAGUCAGCGAAAAUAAGCAACCGACCCGUGGGUCAGGGAUUUUUCCCGAAACAACAAGUACACCGGAAAUUCUUAAGAGUAAUCAUGGCGAAGAGAACAACUUCUUGACUAAUGACGAUAUCCAUUUGUUAAAUGAAGCAAUACGCGAAUAUGCAAGCUCCCCGAUCUCCUCUGACUCCAACUCGUUGGAACUCAAAACAAAGGAAGCGUACCUAAAGCCCUUAAAUGAGCUAAAAGCCUUUCUAUUUACCCAAAACGCUGACACCUCUGCUGGCGACGGGGGCUUUCAAGAAAUUCAUCAAAAUAACAACGCGGAAAUUCGAUCAUCCAGUGACAUUAAAAAUGAGCUCAUCAUCAAUCAAAACAAUGCUCCAGCUUCAGAAGCUCCAUCUUUCAAAGAAGAAAUUUCAUCAAUAAGUUCUAAAUCAUCAUCAUCGCCAUCAUCAGAUUCCGAAUCGACAGGAGCAUCAAAGAGCCAAUUUGAAAAAGAACUUCCAGCAAUUGAACAAACGAAUGAAACGAACGAGCCGAUUGAGAAAUCACAAUCGAGUGACCUUUGGCACACGACAGAAUCAAUAUCGUCAAAUAUCGGAAAGGAUGAAAUUAACUCGAAUCUGCCAAUUGAGGCGUCAAAUCGAGGAGAUGUCCAAGAUGAGGAGUUAAUUGAGCACGGUCAAUCACGUGAUUUGCUUUACCAUAGAGAAACUCUUUCGCCUGAGAAGAAAAUGACGAGCACAAGCGUUUUGAAAACAAAGCCAGAUGUCAUUUCCCCCGAGUGGGAACAUCCGGUGUCCCACAAAGCUCCGACCGCUCAGCAGAAUCGGAAAAGUGAAAUCACUGCCGAUGAACUCUCUGGCUUAUCUCGAUCUAGUUCGCAAUCUGAGAGUCCUGCUGGUGCUCUGGCUGCUCUCGAACUUGAGAGGGAAAAUACUCAGAUCGUAAAAAUAAGUAGCUCCGUAACUCCAGCACGUUCUAAACAGAAACCUGAAGAGCUGAAAAAUCACCUCAUCAAUGCGCUCCCCGACGCUGUUUCACACGUGCAGCAGCAUUCUUCUCCGCCUGUUACAGGCAGUUCUUUACAAGACCACAAGACAGCAGAAAGCCACCUGGAAAAGACUGAAAUUUCUGAGCAAAAGAUCGAUGAACGCGGGGAUGACGCAAAUUCUCUUCCUUUCGAAAUUAAUUCUCCGCCGGAAAGUGCCACUUACAGUCAGCUGGCUGCCAAGCAACAAUUUCAAAAUGCCCAAUCAACAAGUUUUCUUCCUUCUCCAUCGAUUGUAAUAACUUCUACGAAAACUUCAAACGAUUCAAAUGCUGAAAAUCCAAAAAUCCCGAAAUCAGAGCCCGUGGAAAAUCUCACUUCCGCCGUAAAAUCUGGCGCGUACGCAGAAGGCUCUGAUAUCGCGCUUCUAAACGAUUUACGCCUUCCUGAAUUACUCGAUGCUCUGCGCACAAACGGGGCUUAUGCAGAUUUCCACAAAGAUCCGGUCAAAGGUCAAAUCUCAUCAUCCGCGGCUGAUGAAUCGGAAAGGCAAACGAUUCUAUCCAACGCUUCGAAAAUACCAUCUUCCGCGACUGUUCUAAAUCCAUUUUCAGCUCCUUUUACGGAGCUACAGGAACAACCCGGUACUUUAAACAGUGAAAUUGUCGCUUCACAAUUUACAACGGAACUCGAUCCCCUAUUUUCUCAACAGAUCGUUUCAGCUGCUGAAAACACCGGAUCGAAAUACGAGACGCAAUCAGCGUCAAAUUUAUUGAGCUUAGGCGCUACACAGGCGCCGAAUUCCGCCACAAUGAUGUCAACUAGCGUCAACUUUCUGCCCAGCGACUACGACGCAAGUUCGAGUCAGUCGAAUUCGCUGUUCGAUUCUAAAACCAAUAGUGGCGACCGCUAUAAAGUGGAUGGUACUCAGACGGUGGGUCGUCUCAACAAGCUUAGCUCUAAUAAUAACUUGGGAGCCAUUGAAACAAAUAGACAAAAUGAGCCAUCAUCUGCUUCAUCAAUGAUUGCAGAACUCGGUCAAAAGGGAUCUCAAUCAGAAGAACCCGGUUUUAAACAGAUUAUUCAAUCAUCAUCAAAUCUAGUGAAUAUGAAUGAUGAUGUUCAAUCUGCUGCGAAGAAAACCGACGAAAACAGGGUAAUUUUAACCCCUGAAAACGUCGAUCAACCAAGCAGUGUUCCGACAACCAAGCCGUUUGAAAUCUCAACCACUAAAGAAAAUAAUCUCAAUCAAGGCCCUUCUGUGCAAGACAGCUUUUCAGGAUCACAAAUAGAAGUUGCACAAGCUCACGAACGCUUCAUCAUGUCAAAAUAUGAAGAGAUGAUUUCUGGGAAGACGAUAGAUGGAAGUGUUUUGGAAGAGAACAGGAUGGACGCUGAGGAAAAACAAGCGAACGCUAGAUUACAAUCUGAACGAGAAAAUCAUGCGAAUAUGAUUCCGAAAAGUGACGUUUUGGAACAAAGUGACAGGAGUUUUACGGCCCCAGUUCCAUCUGCCGAGCAAUCAAAAUCCAACCUUAUCCAGGCUUAUACCAAUUCUCAAUCUCACCAACCAGCAUUCCAGAAUGAUCUCAGUCAACAACAGUCCUCAGUUCUCCAAAGUUCAAGCAAAAGUCAGCCAGGUUCGAUUCUGAACACUUCUUCAUCCCCGAGCGCUGCGGACUUUUUGGCUGUAAAUUCUCCCAUCUUUACCGCCGAGGACGUAAAAUUCGCCGCAGAAAACAGCCACAACGCCAAUCUCAGGCCAACUGCUCAAAAUACAGUAACCAUAUCAAGUGCAGUUUCGACUAAUCCUGUCGCAUACGAAUCGGGAUCUUCAGAAGAUCUCACUCUGCAACAGAAUCGGCAGGUCAACGAGGCCGCGAGCCCUGAGCGGAUAGAAGGCGACAAUCCAUUAAAGCUUAUUCAAAUGAACGAGAAUUGGAUGGGCUCCAGUAAUCCGCAUACUUAUGAAGCUGCUCCUUCUCAAAAUACAGUACCUACCAUUCAAUCCGAGCUGGCAACAGUAACCCCUGCUGAAUUUGAAAACGUACAGAAUCUUAUAAAUAAUGCACGCGAAAAUGAGAGUUCCGCAAUAUUCCCGAAUUCCAAAGCUGAAGUCUUGAGUGGACAAAAUCCGAUUUACGCUGUUCCCGGAAAACAGAGCCUGAUAACAGAUCAAGUUUUCAGUAAAGAACAAGUUUCUGUCAAUUCCUAUUCCGAAGUUGCUGAAAUCAACAAUGAUUCUAGGGUCAAAAUUUUGAAUCGAGAAAACCCAGUUUUUGCUGAUCCAAAUCGACUGGGGCUGAAUUCAAAGGUUUACAUUGGAAGCCGAUUACAGCAUCAACCCGUUGUCAAUCAAAAUGUGCAAUUACAGAAUAAGGAUCUGCCGCCCGAAUUGGCAUUUUACCUCAACCUCGGAGCAUCUGUCGUUCCAGAUUCUUCGACUCCAAAUUCGAUCACUCGCCCAUCGGUUUCCCAUCGCCCGGAAAAGCCCGUUGCGUCUGAAGUAGAAGAAAAUGUAAAUGGUCGGAUGAGACCACCACUAUCCGCAUCAAAUGUCAAGAUCAUCCCUGAAAAUUAUUCGCAAGCGGGUAAUCCCAAGCCGCUCGUGCAUAAUGUGAACAACGAGUUCAAUGGCGAUUACAAUCAAGCUCCUCAGAAGAAGGUGCCUUUCCAGAUCUUUAAUGACAAUCUUGGGUCAUCUUAUUCCUCUUCUAACCCGAGCAGCUCAACAACUGAUCAAUCUACUGUUGGAAAAGCUGAUACAUCGGAUAGGUCCUCACGUGACUUUUUCGGCGCUAAAGUUCCUGGAGGCUCACAAAGCUCUCAAGUGACUUCUGCUCUUUUCUGCCAAUCCCUCGGCAUCUGCUUCAACGAGAACGGUUCCGAAACGUCUGGUCGUCAAGUUGGGAUGAGACCGUCUAGUGGAAUCGGGCAAUGUGCUCCGCAAUGCUCCGUCGUUGGCGGAAAGACAAUUUGCUCUUAUAGAAAGAAAUGUAUGACAAAGUCGAUAGAUUUACCAAGCUUGAUUCUUGCAGAUGCUCUUCUCGACCUCUUGAGAAACGACUAA